AUGUACCACGUUCGAUCACGCGGAAUUGUGCUCGUGUCAGGCACUGGGUCCAACUGCAGAUUGAUUCGUAGUGACCUGACAUGUAUUUGCACCGGCGGACUUGGUAGCUUCCUGGGAGAUGAGGGUUCGGCCUACUUCAUAUCCUAUCGGGCCAUUAAAGCUUUUGUUGAUGCUGAUCAAGGCCUAGUGUUGCCAACUUUCUCGCUUGACAAUUGCAGUCGCGCAAUUCGCAAACAUUUUGGUGCCAGUAGCGCCUUGGAUUUGCUACCACUCUUCUACACUUCCUUCGACAAAGCGCGCAUCACUAAGCUCUGUAAAGACCUAGCUGACGGUAGGUGUGUUAUUUAUUCAUCUAGGUUUUCAUUGUUUGUGUGUUUACCACUUCUGUAA